GGUAAAGCGCCAAAGCCAGAGAGAGGAGAGAGAUAGAGAGAGAGAGAGAGAGGAAUAGCAAUUGCAAUAGCAGCAGCAGCAGCAGCAGCGAAAAUUGGGGUAUGGGUUUGCUUCUAGUGUUCUUCCCGGAGGACAACGGCGGCAGCACCACUGCCAUUGUCGACAAAACCACCAAGCUCUUCUCUUCUUCUUCCACUUCCUCUCCGUCGUCCUCCACCCCUUCCUCUUCCUCCUCCUCCUCUAAAACAUGCACGGUUUUCAGAAGAACCAACUCCAACAACCUUAUUCUCUCCAAAGCCCAAUCCACAAUUUCCAUCUGUGCCCUUCUCGUCUUCCUCACCCUCCUCCUCUUCACCCUCUCCACCUUCGAGCCCUCCGCCGCCAAGCCCCGUCCCGUCGGCCGAUCACCUUCCAGAAGGUUCCUCUCCCAAAAUACCCAAAUUCCCAAAUUGCCCACAAAUCCGAACUUACCCCUUCUCUCCUCCACCUGGUUAUCCAAAAUGUGGAAGCAAAAACAGAGCAAUCCAAUACAGAAGUUAAGGUCCCAAUUUGCCCUCCAGAAAAUGGGCACUCUGUACCGCCGUGGCACCAGAGCCAUGCCCGAUCUCGUCGUCGCCCACGUCAACGAUGACGUAACAGAACCCGAACUCCGGUUGUUUCUGAGGCUGCUGCACCGGUCCGGCCUCACGUCCAGAGCCGACGUGGUGUUCGUCUUCGCCUCCUCCGGUUUGAGAUUCGGGUCCGUGAUUCGGGAAGAGAACGCCUUGUUCUUUGAGCUCCUACGCCGUUACGGAGGACUGAACCGGACGGCUGCGGCGGGAAAAAAAUCCGGUUCCGGUUUCGACGUGUCUCAGUUCGUGAAGGCCUGGCAGAAGGAAAUUGAAGAGCCCCUGUGGGGGAGAAAGGGUGUCAACUCGGAAGGGGAGGGUGAGUUUACUCGGUUUAGUUACGGUUCGGUCGUGGGGUUCGAGGCGGGUGAGCUCGACCCGGAAAAUUCGCUAUCAGGGUUCGUGGACCACGUGGUGCCUAUGAGCCUGCGGCGGUGGGCUUGUUACCCGAUGCUUCUCGGCCGGGUUCGGAGAAACUUCAAGCAUAUUAUGUUGGUGGACGCGAAAAACUCAGUCGUGGUAGGGGACCCACUCAGCCGAGUCCGGCACCGGAGUCCCGAGUCGGUUCUUUUAUUCACAAUGCCGCCGCCGCCGGCGGGUAAGCACGGCAAGAAAAACUCGGACUCAACUCAGUCUCACGGCGCAGUUAACUCCGUCGUUAUCACCGGCGGAGCACGGGGAGUUCGGCGACUGUCCAACACCGUGUUGACGGAAAUCGUUCGGGCCACCAUGCAGCACAAGAAGAAGAGCACGGUGACGGAGUCGGGAGUUUUAAGUCAACUCGUUGCCAAGGCGUUCGUAACGAAGAGCAUUAAUUUGGUCACGUCGAGUGAGUCGGUGCCGGACCCAAGUUCUAUCGGCGGAGCAGCCAGGCUGUCCGGCGGGCACACAAUUAUUCAACGUGGUAAUAGUAAUCAUGAGGAGUUUAAUUCUGUGAUUAUGAAGCAAAUUUGUUUAUUAGAAAUAGAUUCUUCUGUGUACAGGGAUUGUUAGGAAAAACAAUAAAAUAAGUUUUAGAGGAAAAAGAAUAGAAAUGUUUAUUAAGAUGUGUCCAACAAAUUCUUGUUCUUAUUUAUUUUUUUAUUUUUGGUUUAAUUUCUUCUUCCCUUUCCAGGACACCAAGUUUUGUUGUUACUUGUUUAUAAUAUUGAUCUAGCAAUAAAAUCACUUCUUGUGUAUA